UUAAACAUGUAGAUUUAAUUACACCGUGUAAUUGUGCGAGAGGAGUUUCAUUAAUCUAUUGAAUUUCUUUGGAAAUAAUUAUUUGAUAUUGUUUGGAGUGUUAUGGAGAGCAUCUAUAUUAUGAGUAUAUACCGUUUAUAAGUAACCUUUAUUCAGUGUGAUAUAGAAUGAAUACAGAAUGAGACAGUAUUGUCAACUUGUGCAACAUUAUAUCUUUUCUUUUAAAGGGAUUUUAUCAAUCUGUCACAACUCACUUACUCUUACAUAAACGGAUUUUAAUCUUCGCUAUAUUCAUUGACUUCAAAGUGAAAUAGACGGAAUGGUCGACCCCAGCCAUGCCAUUGAAAUAUUCAUCCUUUAUUUGGAGUUAUUAUAUGACAGAAACGACUUCAAUAGAUAAAUGAUUUUUGAUAGAAAGUAGGUCAAAAGUUAUUUACGAAUUUCAUUGAAAAAUCGAAAACAUACAACGCUGGUAAUAGUUUACUCUUGACAACGCUAAUAUUUGCAUUAAUUCAGUGAAAUAAUUACUAUUUUAGCCGUAUGGCUAGGCUAAAAAAUAAUGAAUAUUUAGUCAGUGAGAAUAUAUAUUCUGAAGGACUUUCAAAAACUUUGUCGAAAAUGUCAGAUACUAACAAACAAGUUAAACAAGCUAUUGAGAGGCGUGCAAUUGAUGAUUCAAUUACUACAGAUGGACAUAAACUUUCUAACCUGGACGCCGACUGUUCAGGAAGAAUUAGAAAGUCGUUUUCGUUGGAUACCAGAGAGGCGGAAGUUGUCAAGAUGUCUUUAGCUUCGGUGGCCGGAUCUUCCAAACGCUGCUCUGUUCGGAGACGAACUAACAAACGUUUAGGCAGACCAGAACCGGAAUUCGGACACGAUACUGUAACGCACGAGAAAAUCCGAGAACGGAUUCUACAAGAACGUGCAGUGACGAACGCCAUAGACGCUUUACAGGAACGCUGGGGAAUGAUAACAUUUAUGCAUAAUGACUGUGUGGAGCUAAAUGAGAAAAGAAAGACACGAAAAUUAAGAAAACAUUGUAUACAGCGACAGUUCGAAUUAAUUAGCGUUGUUUUCGUGUUUGUGCUUAUAUGUUUACUGAUAUCACUGAUUAUUGUUUCACUAAACAAGUAUUUACUGUAAAAUUAAGUUUUUAUAUUAUUAUCACAUUUUUGCCAACUUCACUGUAGAUAUUAGACAACUAGAAUAAUUUAUCAAUACUCAAAAAUAGCGAAUUGUAUUAACAAUUUUAUUAAGGUAUGAAUUGAUGCAAAUUUGGUUACUCUUCAACAGGUUACAAUUCCUUUAGACUUAAUUAUAAGUGACUGAACAAAUGUAAUAUGCGAAAGCGGCAAUAAAUACCAAUUGUAAAAACUUAAUUCUAUUUACUGACUUUGAUUAUUACGGUUAUUUUACGAGGCUUUAUCCAGUGUUUUGCAUUACUUCCCUUGCAUUUCCAACUUUUUAUCAGACGAGUAUAUUAAAUUUUCUCAGAUUUUUCUACCUGACCAGUUUGUGAACUAAACAUCUAUAUGGCAAUCCAACGCAAAAUCCAGCUUUAGAUAUGUAAGGGAGUACUACAAGGACAAGAACCAUGCAGCUGUCUGACAGGAUCAUGUAACGUUAAUGUAAAGUUCUGCUUGUCAGGAAACUUGUCUCUUCCGAAAAUACAGUUAAAUAUUCAAUUAUCAUGAUGUAUGUAUUUUAUUUGACUAAAAUUAUUUUUCUCUUUUUCUUAUUCCUAUAUAAAAUGAUUUGUAUGAGAAUUUUGCAAAAUCUUCCAGGCAUAUAUUCAUUUCUGUU